AUGAGCAAAGUACCAGCAAUAUUCAUCCACAACACAGAAGAACUCCCAGCUGAGGGCCUACUCUCGGAACUAAAUGAUCUUCAUAUUAACGACCGGAAAGAUGCGCGCGGUGACGGGCACCCUGCCAGCCCACAGUACGACAUGAGUUUCAGACAUGCCGACGACUAUGGAAAAAAGUUCCUGGAAGUACCCAAACCCAGUAACUGUGAUUCGGACAGUGAAGCGGCUCGAGCUCAAAGCAGCACGAAGGCUUCGAGCGAGGCCCAAUGCGAAUUGACGGCGACCGAAUCAAUCGACCGCAACGGACAGAAACUGGCUGUCCAGAGUGCGCCACAUCUUUCCGAAUCCGAUCGCAAGACUGACGUCCUCGGUUUGGGAGUCUGGGCUGGAAAAUCACUCACGAAUGAUGUUAAAAAGACCCCCAUUGACUAUCGUGAAUCGCAAAGCCGACGACAAUCCGAAAAUCAUCACGGCUCUGCUACAGAAAACCCCAACCAUGCCUUAAGUUGGGCUUCUUUUCUUUCGGAUGAAAUUGUGUACGUACCCAAACCCCAUGACAAUCCAUAUGGAGCUUGUAAUUCAGCAUACAUCAGCAACACCGGGACUUCUAGAAAGGAAGGCACCUGCAAGUUUCACGACUCAUACCGCAAACAGUUCCGCAACGUAGGUCUCUCGACAUAUUGGUCUGAGAAGAACGUCGAAUUUUUGAUUCGGUGCGGUGUGCUUCGAGAGACCGAUGAUGAGGGCUGGGAUGAUAUUGUUGGCGAAGGGGAAGGGGGGGGGGGGGCAAAUUUGAGAGGAAAUCCGGCCUAA